UAACAAAUCGCGUCUUCCCCAGAACAACAUGGCUGACAAUUCCCAGCUGUCAAAUUUUACACAGAUUAAAUUUGUUUAUAAUGACCUGUUAUGAUUGAUUUUGGUUAUGCUACUAUAUUGUUGCUGAUUCUUCUGAUUUAUCUUUAUCUCAAGAUCACAAAGAUGGCAAGGGCAGGGAGCCCUUUCUUCAAAAUAGGCUACUGUCUUUACACAAAGACACGGAUAGGCUACCUGUAUUACCGGCGAGAAUUGUCAAAAGCAAGAGAGAAGUUUAAUGGUGCACCACAUUCUAUAGUUGAGCCAACAGAAUAUGAUGGCUUGAAAAUCAUCCCAAUCCCAAUGAGUCUGGAUAACUAUGCUUACAUGAUCAAGGAGGAGGCCUCAGGAACUGUUGUACUCAUUGACCCCUCAGAUGCUGAUGCUGUACAGGCAGUUCUAGAUGCUCACAAGUGUCGACCCACGGCUAUACUAACAACUCAUAAACACUGGGAUCACAGCGGAGGGAAUAAAUAUUUUCGUCAGCACUAUCCAAGUGCUUGUAUCUAUGGCUGCAUAAUAGACGAAGUCCCUGAUACAACAAACUCGGUGACUGAUGGAGAAGAUCUGAUAAUCGGGCAAGGUCACAUGACUUUCAAGGUCUACUACACGCCUGGCCAUACUGUCGGCCACGUGGUUUAUUGCUUGAUUGGCAAUCACUAUGAUGCACCCGACUCUCUGUUCUCAGGAGACGCGCUCUUCCUUGGAGGAUGUGGUCGUAUGUUUGAAGGCAAUGCAGCUACCAUGCUCCGUUCUUUGGACAGAAUAGCUGGAUUGAAUGAAGACACUCUGCUCUGGCCGGGUCAUGAGUAUGCAAAGGACAACCUGGAGUUUGCUCUCUCCAUUGAACCCGAUAACGAGGAAGUUAAGGCAAAGUUAGAAUGGGUCAAGAAUCAGAGAAGUAAAAGAUUUGCGACUUGCCCUUCCGUCAUCGGUGAAGAAAGGUCUUACAACCCCUUCCUGAGAACGGACAAAGACAGCCUUCUCAACCAAGUCGGUAUGACGUCGGAGUUUGAAGCAGACCCUGAGGGGACCAGACCGAAAGUUUUAUUUGAACUUCGCACCAGGAAAGACAAGUUUAAGUACAAACUGUGAGUGGAGAGUUCACUGCUGUUUGUACAUGCAUUGCAUGGCAAAGCUUCGAUGUGGCCUCAUGAUCAUUGUGUUCAUUGGUAUAGUGUACUACCAUUGCAUAAUCUGUCAUGGCAUUGGAAACAAUGGACCAGAUACCAGGGCCAACUAAUGUUCAAUGUUAGGGUUUGGUAAUCGCAAACACAGAGUUGUUACAUGUACAAUGUAUGAUGUGUAUGUCAUGAAAUUUAGUGCAUGCAAAUGCUGACUGGUUAUACUAACUGCUGUUUAUUUAAGUUGACUCAUUUCAACCCAAGAGGGAUGAAUGUACUCUUUUGAAAUGAUCAUGCAACAUGUACAUGACGGUGCAAUCAAAGGGUUUGUUAUUAAAGUAAGUUGAUCUCAAAUGAGGAGCUGCUGGAUAUUGCUAAACGUGGGCUGGAAUGCCAUACCUUAUUUCAGCCCGGUAGCUUUGGGUGCAGGGAACAGUUUGCAAGUACAUGUAGACAUAUUCUUUUGCCAAAGCAUCUGAAUAAUAUAUGUAAAAUGAAAAAUUUAACGACAUGUAGUCUAAGAGUAUAUUUAUAACAAUAACAAGUCAGCUGUUACACUACCAGUGGUGUUCUAGUACUUUUUAAUGAAACAUCUAAAAAUGUACCUGUGUAAUGCAGUGUAUUGUUUGUACACUGUGUAAUGCAGUGUAUUGUUUGUACACUGUGUAAUGCAGUGUAUUGUUUGUACUCUGAAGUGAAAUGAGGCUUGGAUUUUUACCAAAUUACACUCACAACAAUAAUAUUCUUAUCUUAAAUGAACUACAUGACCAAUCAAAUCAUGAAGAAAGGAAACGUCUUCCUAAAAUGUUGCAUUUUGUUAGAUUUGAUGUAGAUGUUAUUGCAACCAUCACUUUUGUAGACCUUACCAAUUUUUUAUGCAGAUUGGGUUUAUUUUUUUACCUUCACCUGUGAUACAAUUAGAAAUCUUUGUUGUAGAUCAGAUAUUGUACAUGAUAUACAUGUAUAUGUCAUAGUGUAUGCCGAGAAUUGAUCUUGUGAAUCAUUGAAUGUAGUUCUUCUUGAGAAAAUAUCAGAAUAGAAAUGGCUUGUAAACAUUAUUAAAUGUACUGUUAUGUGUCUGUGUGAUGUUGUUGUACAAUGUAUGUCAGUUCGUGCAGAUGUUGUCUUGUGUGUAUUCCUGUAACAGCCGACUUGAACUUCUCAAGAAGAUGUCUUAUAGGAAGAGUUUAGAUGCAGAAGCUGCUAAAAGCCAUUGUGAAUGAAAUUUUGUGAUAACUUUGGUAAAAUAAAGCCAACUACCACAGAUGUGAACACCAAAGCACUUCAUGGAAAAUCAAAAAAACCUAUUGAAACUCAAGUGUUAAAGAAACGUUUCUCACCUUUUGGCUCAAACUAUUAGAGUCACAGCAGUGUUUACUGCAAAAGACCUGAAGUGGAUUUAGUGGCAUUUCCAUCUGAACUCUUCAUGAAGUGCGGGGUUGACAAGUCAUUUCUCUCAGCAUGGAACGUUACUCUCCGACGGCAUACAUGAUGUAGGUUUCCUCUAAGGUCUCUCGUUUCUUCCUACAGACUUGUACAUGUACAUGUCUAGUCACAAAUUGGCCAGUAGACCCAGAGUGUGUAAUGUCACAGUUGACACUCUGCUCUCAACUCAAGGAUACAGAGACUAGAUGUCAUUAAUUCUACUUGACAGUCUCCAAGUGCCAUAAGACAGAAGCAACAAAGCCAUUAUCUUUUUUCAUUAAUCUCUGAAUAAUGAAUGUAAUGCAUGGUUUAGUUUUGUUUUGAUAGAAAUGAAUAAAUGACGAUACAUUAUGCAUACACAUA